AAUGCACCCGUGGCAGCCCUCCGAUUAGGGUUUCCAAGGUGCGUCCCCAAGUCGCCUCUUGUUCGCGUUACCUGCCGCCGUCGCGUCCGCCAACAUCUGCGGUCAUGGCGGAAGACCUCCACUACUCUUCGCGACUCGAUAACAAGAGAAAGUUCGAGGAGCCGGGAGAUGGCGGCGUUCCUUCGCCUCCCGCGAGGAGACCGUCAGGCUUCUCGGCGCCGAUCGCCUCGUCGUCUCCUGACGGCUGUUCCGGAGGCGCUGCUCCCGCCCAACAAUCUUACAACAGCGUCCCUCCGCCCCUUGAUGGGAUCCAGCUCGCCAAGCAGCGUGCCCAGGAGAUCGCUGCGAGGUUAUUCAGUGAUGCUGAGGCCAAACGCCCUAGGGUCGAGAAUGGAGGAGGAACGGGCGAUUCGAAGGAUACCAAUUUCGGAUCUGCUAUCGGUGACAAUAUAUUGAAGCCUAUUAGCCAAAAACUACCUUCUCAAACCAGCUUCACUUCCCACCCAUUACCCUCUUAUGGCUAUCAGGGUUCAAGUAAAAAGAUUGAGAUUCCAAAUGGAAGGGUUGGUGUAAUCAUUGGGAAAAGUGGAGAGACUAUAAAAUACCUUCAGCUUCAAUCAGGGGCAAAGAUUCAAGUAACGAGAGAUAUGGAUGCUGAUCCCAACUCACUGACUAGGUCAGUAGAAAUUGUGGGUACAUCUGAACAGAUUAGCAGAGCUGAGCAGUUAAUUAACGAUGUUCUUGCUGAGGCUGAUACUGGGGCUUCAGCUACGAUUGCUUCUAGGAAAUUGGGUAGUGUUCAGCCUGGUGCAGAACAAUUUCAAAUGAAGGUUCCAAACAACAAGGUUGGUAUGGUGAUUGGUAAAGGUGGCGAGACAAUUAAAAGCAUGCAAGCAAGGUCUGGUGCACGUAUACAGGUGAUACCUCUUCACUUGCCACCUGGUGAUAUAUCUACUGAAAGAACAGUGUAUAUUGAUGGCACACAGGAGCAGAUUGAAAUAGCAAAACAGUUGGUCAAUGAGGUUAUUAGUGAGAAUCGUGCCAGAAAUCCAGCUAUGGCUGGAGGGUAUUCUCAGCAGGGUUACCAGGCACCUCGUCCUCCAACAAGUUGGGUUCCGCCUGGUGCACCACCCACACAGCAACCUGGUUAUGGUUACAUGCCACCUGGAGCUUAUCCUGGUCCACCGCCUCCGUAUAAUUUGCCCCACCCAUCUUAUGGAGGCUAUCCUCCUGGAUGGGACGGAACAUCUAAUCAAACUUCUCAGCAAACUGCACCAGCUACUGGAUACGAUUACUAUAAUCAACAAUCUCAACAGCAGCAACCGUCUCUUGGGGGAUCCACUACUGGUAGUGCAGGCUACAACUAUGGACAGCCACUUCCUAAUUACAGCAAUCAGACAUCCUAUGGCGAUGCUGCUUACCCUCAGACAUCUGUUGGGCAACAAAGUUAUGUCCAAGAUGGAUAUUCUAGUGGGUAUAAUGCCCCUGCAUUGCAACCUGGUUAUCCUCAGACUACACCCAACCCUCAAGGUGGUUAUGAUCAGCAGGGCUAUAGCUCUACUCUUAGCUAUGGCACAGUUGCUGCUCCGUCUCAAGAUGGAUCUGCUAAUGCUUAUGGUGCUCCAGGUGGAUCUACUCAAGCACCUCCUGCUCAACAGCCUCCAUUGAGUCAACCACCAAAUAACAAUACUGCUGGCUAUCCUUCACAAGCAACAGCUCCAUCAGGAUAUGGCAUUUCACCCACAUCACAGCAGGGAUAUGGGAGCCAACCCACUGCCCCUACUGGAUAUGGUCAAGCAGCACCCCCUAGUUAUGGACAGCCUCCUCCGGCCCAGACACCACCUUCUCAGUCUCUUUAUGGACAAGGCCAAGCUACUUCCGCUCCAGCUGGCUAUAUGCAAUCCACUCCUGUGCAACCAGGUUAUGGUCAAUCUCCAGUCUCUCAAUCCGCUUAUAGUCAACAGCAAUCUUAUAAUGUAGCGCCACAUGGCCAAUCAGGUUAUGGCAAUCAACAGCAGCCACCAUACACUAAUUCUUAUGCGAGUGGUGGUAACUCACAGCCUCCUGCAUACUCUAGUGACAAUGCAACUCAAGGGACCUAUGAUACUUCUGCUGCUGCCCCUUCUGCCCCUGGUGGUGCACCUGCAACGAAUUCACAUGCAACUUGAUGAUGCUGUCCGGUAAGUCACAUAGGACUGUAGUUUGUGAACUCUUUAAUCAUUUCUGUAUCUGUUUAAGAAUUGUUUUCUGUCAUUUUUAAUGUGGUGUUCAGAGUUUGAUGGUUGUGUAAUCUAGGUUAUUGAACUGCCAGUAUCUUUGUUAUCUUUUAUUUUGUUUGCAAUACUCUGAAUUAUUAAGAACAAUAGUUCGUUGGUCUCA